GCUUCGCCUGUAUCCCGCGGCUUCCUCGUCUUCUAGGGGAAUCACUCCACGUCACUCCGUUCCAUCCCACAAGUUGGCCCAUGCACAAACAGUAGGAUACGAGGGUAGCCGCGACUGCAUGGAUUCUCGAGAUCGGCGCUCGUCAGAGUAUCGAAAGAAAGCAAACACCUUGGAAGAAUGUGCAAACUCCAUACUUACAGUAAUUGACUCACUGUUUGGACCUAAUCUCCCAGAGCUGUGAGGGAGCAACACUAAUUGUGGUGCCACUCAUUAAGAUCAGCAUGCAACUUUUGAAGAUGAAGUCAUCAGGAUCACUGGUAGAAGCCCCUCCUUUAUUAAUGUUUUGGACAGAGAGCACAAGAGCUCUGAAAAUACCAUAUGGCAGUCAGAAUUCCCAGUAGGAGCUGCCAGGGAAAGAACAUUCUAAAUAUGCUUCAGAGCAAUUUGCAGUGGCAUCUUGUCUUGCUAAAUUUCUUGACCUGUGGCCUGGAGAUAUGCGUGGCAGCUGGAAUUACAUAUGUUCCUCCUCUACUCCUGGAAGCAGGGGUUGAGGAGCAGUAUAUGACGAUGGUUUUAGGGAUUGGACCAGUCUUGGGACUCUUGCUUAUUCCUCUGAUUGGAUCAGCAAGUGACCACUGCACAAGCAGUUAUGGCCGAAGGCGUCCUUUCAUCUGGCUGCUGUCUUUAGGGGUCUUACUAGCACUGUUUAUCAUUCCCCGUGCCGACACAUUUGCCUCCUACUUCAGCUGGACUGGUCACACACUACAUGUGGCCUUUCUCAUACUUGGUGUAGGUCUUCUGGAUUUCUGUGGGCAGGUCUGCUUCACUCCACUUGAAGCUCUGCUGUCAGAUCUAUACCGGGAGGAAGAAGACUGUGGCCAAGCAUUUGCUAUGUUCUCUUUUAUGGUCAGUCUUGGAGGUUGCAUUGGGUACCUGCUUCCAGCUGUCAAUUGGAGUGAGAGCUACUUGGCCUUCUAUUUUGGGAGUCAGGAAGAAUGCCUCUUCUCUCUUCUUACUGUCAUUUUUGUUGUAAGUGUCCUGGUUACCAUGAAGGUCUCCGAGGAAUGUGCUUACCCUUCAGGCCAUCUUUUACUGGAACCAAAGCCUUCAGAGAAUGUUCGGCCCAAGUCACACUAUUGUUGCUACCCACUUGGAUGUAAACUGCGGAUCUUCACGUCCAGACCUUUGAUUUGUCUACUGCAUACUUGCUGGUCUAUGACGCCUACCAUAUAUCGCAGUUACCGUCACAUUCCUCAGGUCAUGAGACAGCUGUGUAUGGCUCAGCUCUGCAGUUGGAUGGCAGUCAUGUCUUUCAUGCUGUUCUACACAGACUUCAUUGGGGAAGGCCUUUAUGAAGGGGUUCCCAGUGCUGCACCUGGAACAGAGUUGAGGAUUCGCUAUGAUGAAGGAAUUCGUAUGGGAAGCAUUGGCCUGUUCUUGCAAUGUGCUACCUCAAUCUUUUUUUCAAUUGUGAUGAGUAAACUAGUUCGUUAUUUUGGGUCCAAACGUAUCUACCUAGCCAGCAUGGUCAGCUUCACUUUAUCUGCACUUGUCAUCUGCCUUUCAAAAAGCAUUGUCUUGGUCACCUUUAUGUCUGCACUGACUGGAUUUGCCUAUGCCACCCUUCAGACUUUACCUUACACGCUAACUUGUCACUACCACAAGGAGAAAGAAGUCUACAUGCCAAAAAUACUUCCUAAAAGUAAGCCAAAAAAUGGGAUGACGAUCACAAGAGAGUCAGUAAUUCUGACCAUGGAUGAACGAUGUACCAUGGAUCAUGAUUUUGGACCAAAUGGACAUCUUUUAUUUGAAUCACAGAGUAGUGACUUCUAUAUAGCAAACAAACCCUCUACAGCAGAGCAGACGCUUUUAAGCAAGUUUUUUUCUUUCAAUGGAAAUUCAGUGUCUGGAGCCUGUGUAGAUAUAAAAGAAGAUGUGGAUCAUGGCAAACGUGGCAUUGGCCUCGAUUUCGCUAUACUGGACAGCACUUUCCUUCUUUCACAGGUCUUCCCUACUUUGUUUAUGGGCAUGAUAGUCCAGUUUACAGAGUCUGUGACAGCAUACAUUGCAUCAUCUACUAUAUUUGGUUUGAUUGCUAUUUAUUUAGCUAACCAUGUAGUGUUUGACCAAAAAGAUUUAAAAUAGUGAUUAUUUUUGUAUCUGGGUGGAAUAAAGCACAUACAAAAUACUGUUUUGUACAAUCUACAACUUGUUUAUAUUCAUAAAAUUAUUUAUAUAAAUAAUUUUCAGUUCUAUUUAACUUAUUUUUAAUGUUAAGAGGUUUUUUUAGUUAGUUAUAUUUUCCUUUUAAUCAUGAAGAACUGAAAUAGCCAUUGUGAUUUGUCUUUAGUAUUUUAUAGCAAACAAUUAACUGUUUCAAAGAAAAAACUU